UCUCUCUCUCUCUCUCUCUCUCUCUCUCUCUCUCUCAUGGCUCAGAGACACCAUGUGUUACUAUUUCCUUACCUUGCCAAAGGCCAUCUUAACCCUUUCGUAGCAUUAGCAAAGCUUCUCGAGCUAGAAACCAGCUACACCAUCACCAUCAUCACCACCCCACUCAACAUCCCAACUGUCCAAUCCUCCCUCCCCCCAACAUCCACCAUCCGCAUUGCAUCUCUCCCCUUCAACAGCUCCGAUCAUGGCCUCCCGCCAGACACCGAAAACACCAACGCCCUGCCAUUCCAUCUCAUCAUCAACCUCUUUCAAGCCUCGGAGGCUCUCCAACCCUCCUUCGAACGCUUCAUCUCCGACGUCCAACGAGAAGAUGGACACCCUCCGCUCUGCAUCAUCUCAGAUAUGUUCUUGGGAUGGACGGUCGAGAUCGCGAACAAGCUGAACAUAUUCCACACAGUAUUCAUCUCCUGUGGGGCAUAUGGUGGCGCCGCCUACUUCUCUCUCUGGCUUAACCUCCCACAUUGCCGAGUCGACUCAGACGAAUUCCAGAUACCGGACUUUCCCGAGUCCGGCUACAUCCACAAGUCCCAGCUGUCCUACUUUCUCCGGAAUGCCGAUGGCACCGACUCCUGGUCUAGGUUCGUCCCCCGGCAGCUCGCUCUCACCUUGAGGUCAGAUGGGUUUUUGUUCAAUACCGUGGAGGAGCUGGAGAGGGCUGGAUUGGGAUAUUUCCGUAGAAAAACGAGUCGAACCGUUUGGCCGGUUGGGCCUAUUGCUUCUUUUCUAAGAAACAGAGAAGGUGAUUUGAAUAAAGAUGGAGUUUCUAUCGAUAAUUGCAUUGAAUGGUUGAAUCUCCACCGUCCUUCUUCCGUUCUUUACAUAUGUUUCGGAUCUCAGAACACCAUCUCCGCCUCUCAGAUGAUGGAGCUGGCCUUGGGACUGGAAGCGAGCGGCCAAAAUUUCAUUUGGGUCAUCAGACCUCCACUCGAGUUUGAAAUAAAUGGAGAUUUUAGGGCGGAAUGGUUGCCGGAAGGAUUUGAGAACCGAAUUACAGAAAGAAAGAGUGGGAUUCUGGUGCGGAAAUGGGCGCCCCAGAUGGAGAUACUGUCGCAUGGGUCGACUGGUGCGUUCUUAAGCCAUUGCGGGUGGAAUUCGGUGCUGGAGAGCUUGAGUCGUGGGGUGCCGUUGAUUGGGUGGCCAAUGUCGGGAGAACAGUUCUACAAUUCAAAAAUGAUGGAGGAAGAGCUGGGUGUGUGCGUGGAGAUAGCGAGGGGGUGCGAUUGGGAGGUUUCAGGGGAGAAUGUGAGGAGGGUGAUAGAGAUGGUGAUGGGAGGAAGUGAGAGAGGAGAGGAGAUGAGACGGAAGGCUUUGGGAGUGAGAGAGAUGAUGGAGGAAGCUGUUAGAGAGGAUGAAGGAUUCAAGGGCUCUUCUGUUAAGAUGAUGGAGGAAUUCAUCAGCACUCUUUCCUCCAUGAAGAUGAAAGUACCAUGACUCCCUCCUUUGAUCUAUGGAAAUGAAUGCUCUUCUUCUUCUUUUUAGGGGUCGUUUGGAUGCCUGUAAAGUUGAUUAGUUGUAAUCCUAUUACAGGUAAUCGAAUUACGUGGGGUGUUUG